ACAUCGGAGUGUUUUAGGUGACGGCAUAUUGUGUGUAUUUCCUGGUUGAAACAUUACCUCACACUUGAGCAACGGUUGAAUGAAUCACGUGCCUGGAGCAGUCUUGGUUCGAUAGCGAGAAAGUGGAGAAAGCAGUGCGAGCAGUCGUUCAGAAGUGAGCCGGCCAGGUGUUUUGUUUGGCCAAAGUUAAACAAGCGACAAACAUCGUCUUCUUGGGCUAGAAGAAGUGCCGUUCCAAAUAUCGCGCUCCAAAGUUGUUGUCAGUUGGAACGGGGCACCGCCGUGUUAUUGUUUCCGUGUGUAUCCUAUUUGUUUUCGGUAGAAGAAGCAAACCAAAGUAAAGCAAAGUUCCAUUGUGCCUGGGAAGGGAGUCGCGCAGGAAUAAAAGGGAAAGCGGUCUCUGACGUUUUUCCGACGAUGGAGCACGGUAUAAAGUGAGCUCGGUGUGUAAGGGUAUUGUUUUUCCUUCAGAAAAGUCGGGGCUUUUUUUCGUAAGACAGAAAUCUUGGCAAACACAUCCAAUGGGCGUCGACUUGGCCCGGUAGGUACGGAUCUAGGACCCGUUAAUGUCGGUCAGUGCUUCCGUGUGUACGAAACCAUGCGUUUAAGUUUAGUCUUUCGCACCGAACCGGAUAAAGUAAGUGGACUGUAACAGGCGCUAUCCAGUGUGGUGAUCUUUCUGUACAGUUGGAAGAAACGAGACAUCGUCGCGGAACUUUGGAAUAAUCGUACCAUAACGUGACUCAUCGCCGCAGUGUUCGCGUAGUUUCGUUGCUUGCAAAUAGUGUUUCUUUACAUUCUAUGCGACACCAGAUCGACGACACGAAACGAUCUUUUAUGAAACUGCCGUUCGAUCGACUAGCUAGAGUGAUGAAUCUGGAAGAACCCAGCUUCGGUGAUAACUACAUACAGGAGUUUGUCCUGGAGCAUCUGGACCACGAUACGGGCCCGAAUGUGAAGCGCGAGGACACUAGCCCCACUGUCCUCGGCAAUGGGGCUGGGUCGAAGCAUCUCUGGAACGGCACCACGAUGGAUGAGAACGGUGGCAUCGUGCCUAUAAGGUUGAAAGCGGUCAACAACGGCGUGGUGACUGCGGGCGUCGGUAGCGGAUGGCACCUGGACGACGCUCGCAAGAUACACGCCUGUUCGCCCGGCCCAGGCGACCUGUUCACACACGUCGGAGCACCAACGCAUGGCCAACCGAUGCUGUUCAAUCCGCCGCUCAGUGGCGUUCCAUCCACACCGCCGGAAACUCCGCCAGUUAUUGGUUCUCCAAACUCUUCGGGCGGUGCUGGCGGUGUCAACGGUGUGGUGGCCAGCAGCGGAGGUUAUGUUGGUGGUGCGUACUAUGGCACACGAUCGCAGACAGGGCUGGUGGAGGAGAUGAUGUUCCUGCCGCAGACAAUGCGUGGCGAACAACCGCUCGAUCUUCGGCCAUUGCACUGUUCCAUCGGUCCGGAAGGCGACUGGAUGGAUCGUAAGGAGUACGCCAGCGUGCUGGCGGUUUCCAACGGACAAAAUGGGCAGAAUGGUAUGCUCGGAGCGGGUGGAGGUGGUGGUGCAGCCGGACCCAACGGUGGUGUCGGCACGGUGGGCAACAACGGUGUGGGUGGGGGAGGUGGAGUUGGUGGAGGAUUCCAGCAUCAUCAUCACCAUAUCACGGCCCAGCUGGAAUUCGGACCGCUCAACAUGCACAAUGUUUCGCAUCAACAUCCGCACCACCAUCACUCCCAUCAUCACCACGGCCUGCACACGAACCGACCGCACUCGGUCAGCUCCACCAGCUCCACCAUUUCGCCUCGCAACGGUACCAGCAGCAGUGGCGGAGGAAGCUGUUACAACGGUCUGGGAGGAUCGGGAUCCGGCAACGGACUCUCAUCCGAGGACCUCAUCAACGAUGAGCUCCUGAUGACGCUCUCGGUGCGUGAACUCAACAAGCGUCUUCACGGCUGUCCCCGGGAUCAGGUGGUGCGGCUGAAGCAAAAGCGACGCACGCUGAAGAAUCGCGGCUACGCGCAGAACUGUCGGUCGAAGCGGCUCCAGCAGCGACACGAUCUCGAGAUCACUAACCGGCAUCUGCAUCACGAGAUGCAACAGAUGAAGGUGGAACUGGCGAAGAUUAAGCAGGAACGGGACGAGCUCAUCCAGACGCUGCAAAUGCACCAGCGCGAUCAAUCAGCACAGCAGACGGCCAACGUGCUGCAGCAGCAACAGCAGCAUCAACAUCAACAACAGGCCCACCACAAGCAGCAACACCAGCAACAGCAGCAGCAACACCAACAACAACACCAACAUCAGCAACAGCAUCAGCAGCAGCAGCAGCAUCAACACUAUCAGCAGCAACAAUCGCGGCAGCAGCAACAACAUCAUCUACAUCAUCAACAACAGCAGCACUUGGGAUCAUCGCAACACAACGGUUCCUGCGGUGGAAGCGCUGGUAGUGGCAGUGGUGCAGGUGCCGGCAAUGGUAGUGGUGGAGGUGGAGGUGGUGCUGGAGGAGGAGGUGGUGGUGGUGGUGCUGGCAGUGGGGGUGUUGGUGCUGGGUUAGUUUCCUCGGUCAAGCAGCUGAUCGCGGAGAGUGUAACGUCACAGGAAUACUACGUAUGACGCCAGACAUCGCUCGGUAAUCAUCAAACACCCUCGUGGGUUGGGCGCUAUGCCUGUUAAUUCCGAGCUGCCAGGUGGAAAGGUGUGUGAUUGUGAGUGGAGAGUGUCCGUGAGGCGGAAGGGCGGAAGGAGGUGGCCGAUGGAAGCUGUAAAUAGUAGACCUUAGUUUCACAGUGCACGGCCGAGUACAGUCUGUGAGAUGAUGAUCAAUAGAUCCUGUUAGUGAUGGGGAAGCUCGAUCGAGACAACGGCAUGGUGAACAGGUGUUUAAUAUCUCUUUUGGAGCACAUUAACAGGUGCAUCUACAGGUGCACAGCAUCUUUAAUUUUGAUUAGUUCUGUUCUGUUCUGCUCCACAUUGACCAUGUUUUGACAUUUUUCUAAAUUUUUGUUCGUAAAUGACCAAGAUACCGGUACCGGGAAGCUGUUAUUGUUGAGUUGUUCUUGUUUAUUGGAUAUUUUUAAGAAGGCCCAUACUUUUUUAUUAAUCAAAGUACUUCCACUAAGACGUAAUUGAAAUGUUGAGGAUUGUUUCUGCUUCCAUCUUUUUUUUUAUAACUUCUUUUGAGCAAACACUGUGGGGGCAUUUUCAAUUUUGAGCGGAACACAUUGGUAAGCACAAUUAUUAGCCCAUUGACUCAUUGCUCGUUCAGUACUCACUUGUAGUACAACAUUAAAACAUUGUUUCAUUGUGUUCACCUGAGUAACUACUGUAGAGUAUACGAAAGUGUAGCAACGGUCUUCUCUUCUACUAUUGAAC